GCGGGGAGGCGGGGGCUGCUGUCGAGGCCGGGCUCGGCCGCGUCCUGGAGCAAAGUGGUGUCGGAGGCCGAGAAGCUGGUGGGCUACCCCACCUCCUUCCUCAGCCUGCGUUGUCUCCUUAGCGACGAGCUCAGCAACGUCGCGCUGCAGGUCCGCAAGCUGGUGGGCACCAAGCACCCGCUGCUCAGCACCGCCCGGGAGUUUGUGUAUGAUAACCAGAAUAACCUACAGAUGCGAGGACUGGUUGUACUGCUUGUUUCCAAAGCAGCUGGGCCCAGCAGCAAAGUGGAACUCUCUUCUGAGCCCAACAUGGUCAGUGGAAUUUAUUCAAGUCAAAGAAGUCUGGCAGAGAUUACAGAGCUGAUCCAUACUGCUUUUCUUGUGCAUCGUGGGAUAGUAAACAUUGGUGAGCUGAAGUCCUGUGAUGGACCAAUGAAGGACAUGCAGUUUGGAAAUAAAAUGGCUGUCCUGAGUGGAGACUUCCUUCUGGCAAAUGCUUGCACAAGCCUUGCUCAGUUGCAGAAUACCAAGGUUGUGGAGCUCAUAUCAAGUGCAAUUGGUGACUUAGUGCAAGGAAUAUACUGUGAAAAUUCCACCUUAGAGGAGACCCGUUUUACAGAUGAUAUUGGAAUAUCAACUUGGACAGAACAGAUUUUCCUAUCCCAUAGUGCCUUGCUGGCAAAGAGCUGUAGGGCUGCAAUGGAAUUGGCAAAGCAUGAUGCAGAGAUCCAGAAGAUGGCAUUUCAAUAUGGAAAGCACAUGUCUAUGAGUCAUAAGAUACACCUGGACCUUCAGCCAUUUAUUAAAGGAAAUUCUACUGACUCUGUGACCUUCAGUUUAAAUUCUGCUCCUGCAGUUCUGCAUCAGGAGUUCCUUGGAAGGGAAGCAUGGAUUAAGCAGAUUAGAGAGGCACGAGGUGCAGGGAGUAUAUUGGACUACAUGAAGUUGCAAGAAGCAAUCAAGGCUGGCAAAGGUGUGACUUCAGCUAUUGACCUAUGUCGUUACCAUGGAAACAGAGCACUGGAGGCCCUGGAAUGCUUCCCUCCCUCUGAGGCCAGAUCGGCUUUAGAAAACAUUGUUUAUGCUGUGACCAGAUUUUCAUGACAUACAAUUAAAAAAAAAUCUAGAAAAAAUCUAUUGUUUAUUUGCAGGAAAUAACUGGACAUGCACUGGUUAGGGGUAAGGGAAAUAUAACCUGUGCUGCUAAAGAUCUAAAUGCGUUGGUUGCUUAAUAUAUUUUUUUCAUUUACCACAUCGUUGAAUGAACAUGCAUAUUUUGGAACUGCUACAAACAAAAUUAGGGAAAAAAGGUCAAACAGUUUUCACUUGUCAUGCCAGCAGCUCACUUGAGGCUGUACCGGUAGAAAUAAUUAAUGAGACUUGCUUCUGUGACCUCAGCAAAUGGACAGGAAAUAAGUCCUUAUUGAUUGGACAUAGCCAGGGAUGGCGCCAGUGUGGUGGCCUGUGGUUUUCCUGCACUAGAGAGGACAGAGGGGGGCGUGAAGCUGCAGGUGUCAGGAGAAACACUUUCUAAACCUGCCACCGAGAAAGAGCGAGCUGUUUAAGUGAAGAAUUAAUGUACCAAUUUAUCAACACGAAGGACAGUUCGGUGAAUUAAUAGGGAAAAAUCCUUUUAUCUGUGUACAUGCAGUCAUGUCUCCUCACACUGUUUUUAUGUAUUUAAAUGUAAAAUUACUCUGUGCCUAAUGCUUUCAGUAUUUGAGAAACUUGCUGAGAAAAUGUGUCAAGCAUGGUAAGUAGGAGCUUUAAAAUACUUAAUCAAAUAUUAAUUUGGCUCUGUUAAGAGAAGCGGUUGCCUGUGUUUUAUACUGUGUGUAUAAAAUAUUUUGCUCUUG